CGGAGAUGUCUCUGCAUCACCUUGGACCUUGAAAGGAGCUCACAACGUCUCGAACUCAUCAUCAACUCCAUUAUAACCAUACUAUAAUUCAUUUCCAGAUCAUAUUGCCCCUGCUUGUUCAUUCUUAUCCCAUCGUCUCCCCAGAUUCUUCCUCCUCCUUUGACUCAAAAAUGUCUGUUCCUUACCUCAUCAACGGGCCCUCUGGGCACGUCCCGGCAUCUGAAAGAAUUCCCGUUAUUGCUCGACCUUUUGUCAGUGAACGGGCGAAGAAGACAUUGGAUCUGGUUGAAAGAUUUGUCGAGGAAGAUUGUAUUCCUGCCGAUGAUGUGUUCAAACAACAGAUCGGCGAGGGCACCGUCGCUCGUUUUGAUUCUCACCCUCAGAUCAUCGAAGAUCUCAAAGCCAAAGCUAAGAGCCUUGGGCUAUGGAACAUGUUCCUACCUAAGAACCACUUCAAGGAGGGUGCUGGCUUCAGCAAUCUUGAAUAUGGCUUGAUGGCAGAGUACCUCGGCAAGAGUGUGACCGCCAGCGAAGCCACGAAUUGUGCCGCUCCCGACACUGGCAACAUGGAGGUCUUCGCCAAGUAUGGUACCGAAGAACAGAAGAAGCAAUGGCUUGGUCAGCUGUUAGAUGGCAAGAUCAGAUCAGCAUUUCUUAUGACUGAGCCCCAGGUGGCCAGCAGUGACGCUACCAACAUCGAACUCAACAUGCGUAAAGACGGGGACUACUGGAUUCUUAAUGGACAGAAAUGGUGGUCUAGUGGUGCCGGUGACCGCCGCUGCAAGAUUUACAUCGUCAUGGGCAAGUCGGAUCCAAACAACAAAAAUGUCCACAAGCAACAGUCGGUCAUUCUGGUCCCCGCCGACACCCCAGGUAUCACAAUCCACCGCAUGUUGUCAGUCAUGGGCUUCGAUGACGCACCACACGGUCAUGGACACAUCUCCUUCAACAACGUUCGUGUACACAAGAGCAAUAUGGUUCUCGGCGAGGGUCGAGGUUUUGAAGUCGUUCAGGGUCGUCUUGGGCCUGGCAGAAUUCACCAUGCCAUGCGAUCUGUUGGCGCUGCGGAAAAGGCUUUGGAAUACUUCCUUGCGCGCUUGAACGACCCGGCCAAGCGACCUUUCGGCAAACAACUCUCCGAACACGGCAUCAUGCUCGAACGCGUGGCAAAGUCACGUAUCGAGAUUGACUCCUCUCGUCUAGCUGUUCUCAACGCCGCCAUCAAGAUCGAUCAGUCGAAUGCCAAGGAUGCGCUCAAGGAGAUCUCAGAAGUCAAGGUGCAAGUGCCUGCGAUGUUGUUGGACGUGCUCGACCGUGCGAUCCAAGCAUAUGGAGGUGCUGGCGUGUCUCAAGAUACACCCCUGGCCGGUAUGUGGGCUAGUGGCCGGACGAUGCGAAUCGUGGAUGGCCCCGAUGAGGUGCACAUGCUGCAAUUGGGACGGAAUGAGAACAAGCGCGGUGCCAACCUGUUGAAGAGGAUCCAGGCCCAGAAGGAGAAGACGAAGGAGUUGUUGAAGAAGUACGGUUUGCAAGAGCAGGAUGUCUUGCAGCUCAACAGAGUCAGCGGUGGGAAGUCGAAGUUGUAAAUCAUCUGCAUGAAACAUGGUGCAGUAUCAUCCACUAGCUGAUGGAAAUUGAUGAGCCCAUUACGUUUUUCUGAACUGGA